GGAUGAGUCCAGUGCCAGUGGGAUGGGCAGUACCUUGCCAGCAGUAGCAGAAGAGCUUCUGAAAGAGAUCAAAAAGGCUUUUCAGGAGACCUCACACGUCCCUGAUGAGCUGCUGCUGGGGCUGAGGUUCAUAUUUGGCCCAUGUGCUGUCCCAGCUUUGGAUUUGGUGGAUCAAUGUUCUGUCACCCGAGUCAUGUCCCCCAGUGGAAGGACCCUGUACCAGGUCCUUGGGAGCUCAGGGAAACUCUACACCUGCUACAGCUCCUGCCACUUCUGCACAUGUCCUGCUUUCGGGUUCUCUGUGCUGCAGAAGAGCGUGAGCCUUCUGUGGGAAGUAGGAGAAAGAGUGGCUGCUCUUGUAUUUAAUUACCUGGGAGAUGCCUGCACACCACAAUAAAGGGGGCUGUAUGAAUACCUACAUAGAUGAGCUACAACUCUCCCAAAUGCAUCAUUAAAACACUCCACAGCUCCCCCAAGAAACCACUGACCCUCCCAAGAAAAACACCCUCAAGAAACUGAGCUUCCAGGUGUAUUUUGAGGUAAGAGGUGGGAUACUGAUCCCAGUCCUGAGGCAGCUGAGUGCAAAACCUCUGUUAUUUUCAUCAUCACCUGUGAGCAGCAAAAUUCUUGAGACUAGAAGUUCUUGAACGCUAAAACAAGGAAGAUCAGACCCUGGGCUGUCAGGGAGUGGGGCUGCUGCAUCCACUCCAGUCUCUUACCUCAGUGGGAUCUUAAUAGCCAGGUACCUGUCGAUGGCCACAGCCAGCAAGCUGAAAAUGGAGCUCUGUGUCAGCACCAGCACGAAGCAGGCGAAGAAGAGGCAGCUGUGGAAAUCCACCUGGAACCCAAUGCUGAUAGUGAUGGCAAAAGGGAUGGCCAACAACCCCACGGCGAUAUCAGCCACCGCCAGGGACACCAGGAAAUAGUUGGUGGCGUUCUUCAAGGUGCUGUUGAUGGCCACAGCCCAGCAGACCAGGACGUUGCCAGCGAUGGACAGCACGGCGAUGAUGAGCUCCAGCACGAUGUAGGUGGUUUGCAUAGUGUCCAUGGCGAGAGCCGGGGCGAGGAGCAGGAGCUGCUCAUGAAGGGAAGGGACUUUCCACCGGGCGCCCUCCCGCAGGUACCAACAAGCCACGGGGCAGCCAAACGCCCAUCUCCGGGGCCGUGGGGGGCCGGAGGGGCGCGGCGAGCCCCGGGUCGCGGCCCCCCGCUGCCCCCACCGCCCGGCCCCCGCCCGGCAUCCGCCCGCGGGGCUCCCUCAGCGCCCGCCCGCCGGGACCCGCCGCGGGGCCAUCCGGGACGGGACGGGCCCGGGGACGCUGCUCCCGGGGAUGGUCCUCCCGGGGAUGCUCCGGCCGGGGAUGGUCCUCCCGGGGAUGCUCCGGCCGGGGAUGCUCCGCCGCUGCCGCCGCUCCCCGCGGAAAAGCCGCUGCCGGCGGCGGCGGGGCUAUUUCUGCACAUGGGGCGAGCGGGGCGGGGAGUGCGCGGAGCGGAGCCAUUGGCCGGGAACCCGCGGGACCGGGACGGCGCCCCCGCAUCGCCCGGCCCCGGGACGGCUCCUCCGCACCCCCCGGCCCCGGUUCCGCACCCCCCGGCCCCGCACCCCAUCCGGCGGUGCCGUCCCGGGGUCGUGCGUGGGCGGCUCCCCGGUGUUUUCGGGCACACUUUGAUAAUUUAGGAGUAAAACGCUGCGCUCGCUGUCGCCAAACACGGGGGCUCGGGUGCUGCUGCUGCGGCCGGUGGGGACAGCGCAGUUGCCACACCAAAAAAAGUCCCCAUCCCCCAGCAGCGCGCUGACCCAAAGUGAGGGAUUUCACAAAAAUCCUGACAGCGCUCGGUCUGAGGACGGUUAUCGCGCAACGGGACAUUUCCUGAUGUAAGAAAUGGCAAAAUACCACGGAUUAGGAAAUGCUGUUACUCACAGGGCUGCAGUGUUUGAGUUUUGGUCUAAGGAGCUUAGAAAAAAUUCAAACCUGAUGCAAUCACCAAAGAAAAGGGUUGGCUGCACUGGUGGAUCUUAGACCAACAGGGAAUAUGAAGAUAAAUAUAUUUUAAUAACUACUUACCUUUCCAUCACAGGUUUCACGCUUUAUAUUGUGUUUGCCAUCAAAAUACAGAGUAGAGGUUGAACUUCACACCAGUGCUGUAGCAUCCAGCAGCACUGAAAAAUUCAGGACAGAAACUGGAAAAAAAUCCAAACAAUUAAAGAAAAUAAACUUUCCUCUAGCAAAUAGAGAGUAAAGAAAUUGUCACUGAUUUCUUUUUCUUUUUUUUUUUUUAAGCAAAGCUGGAAACUUCCCUGUGGAAGAGAAUGCUUUCUGGGGAUACAAAAGCAGAGCAAAAACACAUGGGAAAAAUAGGGACAAAAUGAUUCCUAUGGAUGUAGUGCAAAUGGAAACACUCCCAUUGACUAGCAAUGCUUUGGGUCAGACAGACACAAAGGGGAACUCUCAAUUUAUAUUGAACAAAGUCAUUUUUAUGAAGUUGGGACAUCUCAGGAGCAGAGUGUUUAAGGUUGACUAGGAUGCUGAAGGAAAGUGUCUGGGGUAUAUUUGACUCGAUGGGGACACACAGAAGGUUCCCUUUGCUCCCUUCAGAUAUAAGGAUCUCCCUUUGCCCUCCCACCAACACCUUUGCACUUUGGAUCCCCCAGCACUCUGGUGUCACAGAGAAGGACCAAUUCUCAUGAUGGUACUAGCAGGGAAGCACAUAAUUCCUGUGAUUCAAACCUCAGUGUCCACCUGGGACUGUGCUGAAAGAGCCUUGAGGUGAGCUCAAGGCUGCUGGCUCACAGCCCCUGUGUCAGGCUGCUCCAUCAGCACUGGCUGGAUCCUAAACUUGCCCACACCAGUUUGGUUUCUUUAUUAUUUUGGGAUGAGUAUAGCUUCCCCCCUGCAGAGCCUGUUAUAAUCACUUAAAUGAGGGCAAACUACCAUGGAAAAGCACUUUUUCCCCCAAAGCAAUGGAUUUACAUCAGGGUUUUUACACACGUUGUUUUCCUAGUGCUGAAACAUGUGCCAACAUCCACCUUCUGCUGCUUUACAGCACCUCAGGAAGACCAGAAUUAACUUUCUGCAGUGGAUACACCUUAUUAGAAAAAGAUCUGCUUUUGUGAUCAUGGAAGCACUUUUUGCAGGCUGAGCCAAGGGAAAUUGUGGUUUAUCAAGUCAGACACGGACAGAGAAACCAUUAUUUCAGGUUCUGAUGAAUAUGUUGUUUGGGCAAGGUCUCUGUGAGACAGGUAGUAAGGCACUGUGAAUAUGGUGGAUUUUGCAUUAUCCAGAGAUUCAUGGCUCUCCAAAGCAGCAAAGCCUUUGCCAAGGUCCAGUGGUUUAUUCUGGCACUAACCAGUGCAACUGAACUUACUCCCAACACAACUUCUGCAAGUGGAGCCAAGGACAAGCUCAGCUCUGUUGUACCAAACGUAGUUAAAUCCUGCUGGCAGUAAGAGCAGGAUGAGCCCAUUUCCAGACAGAGACACCAAUCCUGCCCUCCAGCUGUGCUCUCAGAGCCCUCUUCUAACACACAAGGCAUCACACACCCUACCAUGAAACACCAAUGAACGUGCUGGCCUUGUGCAAUAACCACCUGAGCGGGCACUGUGAAAUCCUGCAGUUCCUGGGGCUCAGAGGAUGAUGAAUCCACGGGUGAGAGAGGGUGCACAGUUAUGUUCUGGAGUCUGUAAAGGAGCAAGGAAUUCACACGACUAUCGAGGUGAACACAGCCCAGAGCCUGCAGCCUGUGGAAUCCAUUCAAGAACUGGAGCGCAGUAACACCAUGGCAGCAGGUCACUGGAGCACCGCUGGAUGCUCAGAUGUCAGACACAGAUGAAUCACCAUUACUAUUAUUUUCCUGGAUUCCGUUUUACUCCGGGGAUUUGCCUCUCAGCACUCACGUAGGAAGCAGCACCAGCCCCAAUCUGCUGCUUUCAAGUGCGAGGGCUAAUCUGGCUCUUUUGUUCGGAGGGAAACCGAUUUAAACAGAUCCCACGUUCUGAAUGGCGGGGCGGUGGGAGACAGGAGCAGCCCCCUGGGGUGGCCACUGCCCGUGUCUCCGUGGCUUGGCAGGAGCCCACCGGCCUCGUACGUGCCGUUCCUUCUGUCGCUGCCGUCCCGGGGGAGCGGAGCUGCCGCUUCGGAGGCCGAGCUCUUCCUGCAGCCUCUGUGAUCUCUCCUGAGCGAGGCCUCUGCGCAGCCUCAGCCUCGCCGAGGACUUCCCGAGCGGCCUCUGCCUUGACACCUCCAGUGCUCUUGGCCCGGCCACAAAGAGCUGGAGAGGAGCCCCACUAACACACAUCUCUCCACACACACCCAAGGAGGGGCCCGGACAGCCGCGGGGACACGGCUACAGACACAAAGAAAAGCUCCUGAGUCAGUGACAGCUGAGAUGUUCUUGCUGGCCCUGCACCCAGAUUUGCCAUCUCAGGCACUUCUGAGACAACAGCAACCUCAACAGCUUUUGUUCCUCUCUAAGCCCAUAAAGAACAAGCACUGAAGUGGGAGUGUCUCUGCUGCAAAGGGACACAGACACAUCCUGGAUAUCAAAAAUAAGGAGGGGGGAAAAAAGGUGGAUGCCAGACAAAAAGUUCAUCUGUAUUGCUGCUACAGGCACAUCCCUCAUAUUGGCUUUGGCAGCCCUGGGAGUGCUGCAACAGUGAGCAGAACUGGCUCUUGGGUGGUGGAGGGCAUUAGCCCAGCACUUGGUGGCUUUGCAAGCAAAGCAUCUGCCAACCAUCCCUUCCCAGGAAGGGGCAGCUCCAUCCCAAAACCACCCAUGAGAGGAGACACUGGGAAAUCAGGAGGGGAGAGAGAGGCCGUUCUCAGGGCUUCCUGAGCAAGCCCUGGUGUGGAGCACAGGCUGUGGCACAGUCCUAUGACAUGGUGUGUGCCCUUCUAUGCCCAGGGGGGCUCGGAGGGUCUCUCUCUCUCUCUCCAGACCUUGCCAGCACGCCCUGGAAAAGCCUCAACACUCGUGUCUGCUCAGGAGACACUUGCAGUUACAACCUCCCUUCACUGCUUGUCCCCUCUGCAAGGACUGUGGGCUGAGGGAAGGACUAGUGGCAGAGGUGACAGCAGGGGUUGGCAAGGUGAGCAGCUGUUCUAAGACCAGCCCUGAGUGCCAGGAACAGACCUCAACCACAACGUGCUGGAGGAGCUGCCGGCCUGGCAGAGCUGGCACAGCCUCGUGAGCCACAUCCCCAUUCCCACUCAAGUCUUCACUAGUACUUUUCAGUUGUUUUGCAGGGCAAGACACAGCCUGUCCUGAACCUGACUCCAUGAAAGGAUUCCCAAGGCAGAAAUACAACCUCUCGACCACGGAGCAGGUACAAAAACCCUCUUCAAAGUGGGGCUGCCCGUGACGGGCUGAGCUACACACAGUCUGCCCAAGGGAGGUGAAGGGAACAAACUUUUUUUGAUAACUUGGUUAUUCAAAGGCAGUGACACAAAUACUCACCUCUGCCUGCUUGUUGCCCAUGUGGCUGUGCUGAGCAUUAGCACUUCAAAGGCUCCAGAUGAGCUCUGAAUGAAAAAGAUGAAUGGCCAAAGGUGAGGUUUGUAGCUCUAUGGCUGUAGGAGUCUUGCUGGAGGAGGACACUGUGAAAGGAAAGUAGAGAGUGAAAUUCCAGGGAAAGCUAUUUCCAUACUGGAGAUUUCAGUCGGUCUGCAAAACCCUUGGAAAACAAAACAGAAAAACUACAGUAAGAUCAUAAACUGCAGAUGACCAAACUUGGAUUUUCCAUAUCCCCAGGGUCAUUGCCAGAUAAUAAGAGUAUAUUAUCCUGGAAUCUUAAACUGGUGUUUAAAUUAUCUGCAAGAACUCAUCUUGUAACAAUGCAGGUGUGUGAAUUCUUUAUAAAUGGUUUCAUUAGAAAACAAAAAAGCCACCACAAGUUUGAAAAAAAAAAAAAAACCCAAACAUAAACAGCGGUGGAAUUAAAAAGGAAGGAUUUGGGCUGAGGGGAGGCCAGGGUAUGAGAACAUAAUUUUGAAGAAAUUUUUCAUUUACCUCUGUGUUUGAUUUUAUGUACUAACCAGCUUCUGUGAUGAAAAGCCAAGUCCCUCUUCCAGCAGGAUUUGUAAAGGAAAGCUGCUGCUCAAGCCCCACGGUGCUGAGCCCUCGCUGCAAGGUCUCCCAGCAAGUCCUGGGCCCAGUGUCUCCUUCACGUUGGUGAAGCUGGUCCAGCCGAUUUCCCCCGAGAAAUCAAUAGCAAGUGUUGUGUUUCCAGGCCAACACCAGCAGGGGAAAGCCCCGGUGGAGCUGAACUGGCAGUGAUGCCCUUUGCAAUUCAAACAACCUCUGAUCACCUCAUCACUGGGUUCACAGCUGAGCUGCUUCCUGGGCAGAGCCUUCAGACAAGUUCAUACCCUCAGAAAGCCAACCUGCUAAGUGCCCUCUCCACUCCCAAUCAACACUCCACAGCAACGAGAAGUGAUUCUGCUCCCUGCCAAACCCUGACAGCAGGGAAACGUGCUCUCACCCCGAGCCUUUAAAGCCACUCUGCUUUAUGCAAAGAUGUGACAUUUGGAGCUCCAAAUGACUGCAAAGAGAGGACUUGGACUGCUGCAACCCAACUUCUCUGAAUACAGAAUUAUGCUCAAAUUAGAAAGAAAAGCAGGAUUUAAUUCAAAUACUUCAGCCUGCUUUCUCUGUGCAAGAUGAGAUCAGGAUUUAUAAAUAUCUGUUAUCACUAUUACUGUGAUUAUCUGCAGCUGUCACAGGACAGCCACAGCACGGACAGAAACCUGUGGUGUCCCAGGUCCCACCUAGAGCUCUGAAAACCACCCCUGACCUCUAACAGCCAGGCUCCUGUCACAGGCAGGGCCAUGCAGGUCACUCAGGGGUUAAAGAGCAGCUUAGCUGUGGUGAAGGGAAACUGCAGAAUACACACAAAAAAUUCAAAUCAGCCAAUGCAGAGGCAGGACCAGCCUUCCUGUCCACAGGCAGCUGCCAGCAAAUACUGAAUUUGCACUCAAAACCUGUUGGAACCCAAAUAUCAUUAUUACACAGCCCCUAUUGUAUUGCUGCAGCACAGAAAUGAGAUUUUUGUUUGGUCCAGGCUCCAUAACUACUGGCAAAAAUAAACCUAGUGCUGUUAAAGCCCAAGAA